GAAAAAAAAAAGCUUUGAACAGCUUUCCCACAGCAUUAUGCUUCCUGCCACUACUUGGACCACUGUAUAGAGAGUAUGCUCAGGACCGAUUUAGUUUUUCAGACGAUGGAUUGAACAGAGCUCUGGUAGAUGUAAAAUGACAAACAGCACCAUCUUGUGACAAAUUGCACAAAUUACAAUUCGUAAACGAUAUUUUUCAGGUAAUGAUCUCGUGUUUAACGUUUUAACAGGCUUAAUAAUUCAGACAUGUGACCUUAUUAACAUAAGAACAGAUACGUUUCUUCCCAAUAAUGUUCACAAAAAUAUGAAGUGCGACGGGAGAAAGAACAACCGCGGAACUCGCCAAAAAUGUGUAAGUUUAUUAAAAUGCAUGCGUUCAUUCUGUAUAAAGGAUACAAACAUAAAUGUUUCGCUAAUCUUACCCCUUAUGUAUGUGUCUUGAACAGCAUCUCAUGUAUGCAGGCUAACCUUUUUAGACGAAGCAGCUUGUCUACAGACGGGGAGGUCCCUGUACAAUUUAUGAAACCCUCCCCUAGAAACAUCAUCAAUCUACAAACUUCUUUCUGGUCUGCAUUGGGUCUCUCGUCUCUCAGCCGCUUAGUUUUUACACAUAAAAGCCGCAGGGGAUCACAGUGUGCAUGUUCCUGAUUUGACAACAUGGGGCUGAUCCUGUCAGGAUAUCUGCCAUUAAAAGAGAACUCUAGUGCACCUCUCUCCAGUGUCACUCUUGCUCUGUGUCUUUUUACCCUCAUACUGAUGAUGGCCAUCAGGGUAAAACAGAGCCACAGAUUUUUCUUCUCCUACCACCAUGACUCCCACUUUGACAACACAAAGUUCCCUAGUGCUCCAGGCCCCAAACCUUGGCCCCUUGUGGGCAGUUUGCUCCAGGUGGGGGACCAGAUGCAUCUCUCAUUAACUCGCCUGGGUCUGCAGUACGGUGAUGUUUUUAAGAUGCGUUUCGGCUCUUUGACAGUGGUCAUCCUUAGUGGGUACUCCACCAUCAGGCAAGCACUGGUCCGUCAGGGAGAAGAUUUUGCUGGACGACCUGAACUUUUCACUUUCUCCGCCGUGGCUGAUGGGACCAGCAUGACCUUCAGUGAAAAGUAUGGACCUGCGUGGCUGCUCCAUAAGAAGCUGUGCAAAAAUGCCCUAAGGUCCUUCUCCCAAGCCGAGCCGAGGGGAUCAGGGGCCACUUGCCUCCUGGAGGAGCAGAUGUGCACUGAGGCUGCUGAGAUGGUGACGGUGAUUCGGGAAGAAGCUGCAAAGAACCACAAGACGAUGGGUAUAGAUCCCACAAUAUCCUUAGUGACCUCAGUGGCAAAUGUGGUGUGUGCCCUGUGUUUUGGGAGAAGGUACGACCACAAUGACAAGGAGUUUCUCACCAUUGUGAACAUCAACAACGAGGUACUGAAACUUUUUGCAGCAGGGAAUUUGGCUGACUUCUUCCCAGUGUUUCGUUACUUUCCCAGUCCGUCUUUGAGAAAAAUGGUCCAGUGCAUUCACAGGAUGAACGGAUUUAUGAAGCGAAGAAUCGAGGAACACAUCAACACCUUUGAUAAGAACUGCAUCCGGGACAUCACAGAUGCUCUGAUCUCACUUUGUGAAGAAAGGGAAGAGAACAGGGACACAUCUCUACUUACUAACUCUCAGAUCAUCCACACCGUCAUAGACAUCUUCGGUGCAGGUUUUGACACCAUCAUUGCUGGAUUACAGUGGAGCCUCUUGUACCUUAUCAAGUUUCCAGACAUCCAGGACAAAGUACAGCAGGAGAUAGAUGAGCACAUUGGCUCAGCCAGACUUCCCGGGUUUUCAGACAAGCCCAACAUGCCCUUCACUGAAGCAUUCAUAUUCGAGGUGUUUCGUCACUCUUCCUAUGUUCCUUUCACCAUCCCUCACUGCACCACCAGAGACACCAUCCUGAAUGGAUAUUUCAUCCCAAAGGACACGUGUGUCUUCAUUAACCAGUAUCAAGUCAAUCAUGAUGUGGAUCUUUGGGGUGAUCCAGAGAAAUUUCGGCCACACCGCUUCCAGGGCCCGUCUGGGCAAUUAAACAAGGAGCUGACGGAGAAGGUUCUCAUCUUUGGCCUAGGGAAGAGGCGCUGUCUUGGGGAUGGAUUUGCACGUUUGGAGAUGUUUGUGUUUCUCACCACGCUGCUCCACGGUUUGCGGAUUGAAAAUGUUCCUGGACAGGAGCUGGAUCUCAGCACAGACUAUGGUCUGACCAUGAAACCACGUCCGUACAGGAUUACAGUCUCCCCCAGAUUUUAGACACUCUGGACAUCACAAGUCCACAGAGACGGUGGAUCUGUCGUUACCGUUCACAGGCUGGAGUUUCUUUUUAGUUUAAAAAACCUAAAAAGAAGCAGUUUCUCUAUUAAACACACCAUUUGUUUAGAUGUUCAGGUCAAGCAAACUGCAUUGGUAUAUGUUGAAAAUGUUCCAGUACUUAAAGUCCAUCAAAAUAAAAAAGAAUAGAAGCAGUCCCUCAUUAAAAGCCUUUACAUGAACUUAUUAUUUACAGUUAAACACUGGGGGAGAGGAGGGAACCAUUUUACAGAGCGGUGAUUAGUGCUUCAAGCUUGAAACUGUGUUCAGCCAAGGUGCAUGGAUCCCCCUUCUCUUUGUCCUGCCUCAGCUUUUAAACUGCUGUAAUCCUCUUACCUACGUCAUGUCUCUGGCUCCUCUUCCACUUGUUGUUGCUUUACGUCAUACACAUAAACUAGUUUAUCUUCUCUUAUAGUUACAAUCUAUUGUUUAAAUAUUACUGUCCUAAACCUUUUUCCAAGCUAUUUCUCUCUCUCUUGACCUCCCACAUUCUUAAACUACUAACAGUCUCAGUCGACUAUAAAGAUGGCAAUGAAAUGUGAAAUUAGGCAAGUUAGUAUCAAUAAACUAGACUCACAGAAGCCCAGGAGUACAUGUCUGAGUAAGAGCCGAGCAGGGCAGAAUUAUCCUUAAAAGGAAAGUGUUGUACUUCAAACUGUUGAAGUUUUUCUUUCUUUUUUUUCCCCUAAACUCCUCGUCGGAGAAUGCAUUUCAACGGCGCAUACUUCUGUCAACCAAUGAAUGAGCUGUUUCACGUGGAUUGAUGAUGUUGAGUUGUAUCUGUAAUCACUUCCUUGUUGACAGUCACAGAAAUUUGUAGCUCAAUAGUUUGAUUUCCAUUAGUUUAUGUAACAAUUAUAAAUAUUUAGUGACUUGUAACACACUUGUGCAUUUUAUAACCAUUGCAUUCAUCUGGGUUCGCUUGUUCUAACUGUGACUGUAUGCAUUUUACUUUUUAAGAGUUAGCAGAGCACUAAUAAACACAUCACUUGUGAUAGGCAGGGUUGAUAACUAAAAUCAUGUUUAAAAAUAUUUUUGAAAUAAAGAAAAUGCACUUUUCUCAUAA